AUGCCAGCACCGACAGCUCACGCGGAAUGCCCUUACUAUGAGAGACUGCGACGCGACCUGCGCGAGUCACUGAACAAGAAGCGCCAAAUCGACAACAAUCUGCUACAACUCGAAGAUAAUAUCUUGCGAGUCGAAACGCAGUACCUUGAAGAGACAAGCGCCGGAAACAUCAUCAAGGGCUUUGACAACUACAUCAAGGGCGCAGCGACUACGACCGCAGCCGGUGGAGCUGGUACUGCGACUAGGCGAAAGGCUCCGAUUAGUGAUGCGGACAGAAUAUUCAGCCGGAGCUCGACCAGUUUUCUGAGGGAGUCAAGGCCAGCCGCUGACAGCGCUCUCCAGGAAACUUCGACACCGGGCUCAGCAACAGCGACGCCAUCGCACGCUCCUACACCCACAUCGUCCUUCCCUACACGCGAGUCGAGCCAACCUACAAACGGUGCGAGGCCUGGAGGAAGUAAGAAGAAGAAAGCGGCUGACGAAGACGAUGAAGACAGCAACAAGACGAAGCGACAAAAGAUCUCGUAUGGACGAGAGUGAAACGCCAAUGCAAGACUCCGAUGUCGCCGCACCGAGAGGCGGCCGGUAAACAACCCACCGAAAUUACGCAGAUUACAAGAAUUGCAUUGAAGCGAGUAAAUUGCUCCAGGCAAGGACGAUUGCGCGUCCUAUGGGUCCCGACACACAGGAUCCAUCAUGUAUAUCAACAAAAUAGGAAGGCACACAAGGCAUCGGGUAGAGGCCCGAAGCUGCGCAUGUUCAAAUGGUGGAUAUGGUGGAUACCAUGCUACAGCCACGAGCCUUUGAUACCGUUGGUAGAUCGGCUUUAAAACGCGGGGGUUGGUUGAUCUGGACAUGCGAUCCACUUUAUGUAAGACGCCUGCCGACUACCGUUGGGCAAAAACGCCUCUGUGCUGGCAAAGCGGUGGAGUUUGGUUGAUGCUUGAUUUGUUCCUUGCUCGAAGUGGUUGGAGGGAUGCGGUGGUGGCGGUGGAGGUGGAGCAUGUCUUGGCGGUUUGGUUACACGCACGCAGUGCAGUGACUGGCGGCUUCAUCUCAGCGAGAGCGGGAAUUGUUAUCCUUUGGGCAGGUUAGCAUAGUGGGUCCAUGCAAAGGGAAAUGUCUGCUGAA